AUGGCUCGUGGAAUCAUCUACGGCUGCCUGCUGGCAAACGUCUUGGCCGCCGAAUCCCGUGUCUUCACUCCAAGCAAGAUAGCGGUCGGCACGGCACCCAGUCAGGCCAACGGGCCGUUUGCCCCCUUCACGCUCAACGUCUCGCACCCCUUGGCCACACUCGAUUAUGGCGUCGAAGUCGCCGGCUACCCGCAGUUCACCGUGUCCGAGAUAUCCGGGGCCGCGUCCGUGCAGGUCGAAAUCAAGUACAGCGAGCCUUUUGCGGGGCUUGAGCACGUCUGGGCAGACGGGCCGUACCCGUACCAACAAGGGCUCGCCAACGCCUUCCGGGUCGAGACCUUCAACGUCUCUGCCGUGGGCACCGUGGCUAGCGGUCUGAUCCAGGGCGGCCAGAGAUGGCAGUCCAUCAGGCUGCUCGAUGCCGGAUCCGCCGCCGCCGCUGUUACGUUUCAGAGCGUUGGUUUCAAGUCCACCGCCGGUGAGGCCGAGAUUGCCGACAUGCCAGGCAAGUUCAGCUGCGACGACGAGGUGCUCAACGAGGUGUGGGCGCUAGGGGCUCGGGCUGCUGACCUGGCCUGCGUCGAGAAGGGCACCCAGAAGGCGGUGUGGCAGGUCGACCCGGAGAAGGGAGUGCGCGUCGCCAGCAUCCGCCCUACCCAGACCCUCCAUGCCGGUCUUUGGGGGAACUACACACUCGAAUUUGACACCAUGAUUGAGCGUGGUGGUGUGUGGUGGUCGGUGGCCUGGCCGCUGGGUCGCUUUGGUGGUGUCCAACUCCAGCUGACCAGCGAGCUGCCCAAUGCCACGACCUUUUCCAACACCAACACCACUUUAACGCCUAGGAACACGCUCAAGCUGGGCUGGGGCUAUGGUUUUGUCAACCAGACCACCCUCACCUCUUAUGACCUGGACAUCUCCACUGUCCCCUUUGACGUCGCGGAGAACAAGUGGUACCACUUGACAACUGUCCUCUCACCUGACGGCUUCCUGUCGGUUUCACUCGACAACAGAGAUAUCUUUCGCACAGAAGUAUCAAGAUACUACAUCGGCGGCAGCUCCUUCUCCCUCACCGGGAGCUUCGGAUUUGGCGCAUGGCAAGACCAAGCAGCUUGGGUGCGCAACGUCACCACCACAGCCCAGAACGGCACCGUCAUCUACCAAAACCCCAUGACGUCGUCAGACGUCCUCGCCGAGUACGGCGUCGAUACCAACUCGGAGGGCGUCUGCCUGGACGGGCCCAAGCGCGACCGCCUUGUCUGGCUCGGCGACUUCUUCCACACCGUACGCGUCAUGGGUGCCAGCACGUCGCGAUUCGACCUGGAGCGCAGCACGCUGCAGGUUUUCCUCCGCACCCAGAUCCCCGAAGGCAUAUUUGACAUCUCGCCAAGGAUGGGGUACGACCCGGACAGCACGAGCGGGCCAUUCACUGACUUUGGGGCUCAACCCUAUGGCCUCGAGGACUACCAGCUUCUCGGCAUGGGCGCCCUGUACAGCUACCUCGAGCAGACGGGCGACGUCGCCUUUGUGCGCGACAACUGGGCCCAGUGGCAGCUGCAGUUCGACUGGUUACUAUCGCGCGUCAACCAGACCACCAAGCUGCUCAACUUUGGAAGCGCCUUUCUCGGCCCUUCGGUCGACGGUUCUGCCACCUCCUGCCUGGCUGUCCAAGCCCUCCGCGAGAUCGCCGAGAUUUCCAAGGCCGUCGGAAACGCCACGUACCAGGCCAAAGUCACCCAGGUCGCGGACGACAUCACCAAGGCCAUCAAUACCCAGCUCUGGAACGACGCCCGCGGCUUCUACUCCCUGUCUCUAGCCAGCAAGGAAGACCUCUCCGUGCAAGCCACCGCCCUUUGCCUCUCAUCCGGCGUAGCCUCUGACCCGCAGCGCAUCUCGCGCUCCAUCGCGGCCCUCGACGCCCUCAAGCUGGGACCAGGAUACAAGGACUCGUCACAGGUCAACUCGACCGCCCCGGACACCAACAUCUCGCCCAACACCAACGGCCUCCUCCUUGACGGGCUGCUCCGCCGUAGCACCAACGGCACCGACGACGACGCCGCCGCCACCACCGCCGCGAGCCUCGUACGCUCCCUCUGGCCGCAGAUGCUGCCCGCCGCGCACGGCGACAUGCACGCCUCCGGCGCCAGCUGGGAGUACCUGACCACGUCCGGCGAGCCGGGCCUGAGCCUCUUCACCAGCCUCGCGCACCCCUGGGGCGGGGCCGCCACGUACGCGCUGACCCGCCACGCGGCCGGCAUCAGGCAGGCCGAGGGGGUUGCAGGGUUCGGGUACGCCAGCUGGGUGGUGGGCCCCGAGGUCGGGGUGGGUAGCUUUGGGCUGAAGCGGGUAAGCGCGCAGGUCGAGACGCCAAAGGGGCCCUUGGCUGUGGAUUGGAAGAUUGAAGCGGACGCUUCCGGGAGGAAUGUGGUCAGUGUGGACAUUCGCGCGCCCGCUGGGACGAGCGGUGUGUUCGUGUACAAGGGCACUACCAAGGUGCUGGAGGGUGCGAGCCAGUACACAUUCUCGCUUCCGGUUUAA